CUUUGCGCACUUUGGGCCGUCGAGUGAAGGGUAUGAGCGAGAGUUCCGAUCGUUUUGACUUUCUUGUGCGUGCUCCUGCUCUCAUCUUAAUGUCGUCUGAGAGUCGAAGUUCUCCGACACAGCCGAAAACGGAUUUGACAUUGCAGCGGCUAUUCCAACUUCGGAGAGAAGACCCUGUUGUGCUGCUGCAAAAUUUGGGCUUUGCCAGCAAUGAACCUCCGUCUAUUCCCGAACGUUUCUUGCUGAGCGUGCCAAAUCAGAAAUCAGCUUCUGCCCGCAGUCGUAAACGGAUGAUGGCUCUCAAUAGCCUGAACGUGGUGAUGGAAGACACACAAGAGUCAAGCUUGUCAGAUAGAUGAGAAAAAAAUAUCGAUUUUGAAACUGUAAUAGCAGAGCUCCACACAUCAACAGUAAAAGGUAGCAGCAGGACUGUGCACAUGGAUAACUUUUCUAGCAUUUGAUAACAAAAGAACUGAAAUAUUUAAUAUUCAGUAAUAAACAGAACGAGUUCUAUGGAUUGGGUAGUCAAGCGACUUGUCAGUCAGUUUGCUUGUAGCUGUUGCACUGUCCCAUAAAUAGUAGUCAAUCAAGAGAGAGUUGAUGUUGAUUUUGCUAGACUGUUUGUCUUCCACAAUUUGACGUAUC